AGAGGUUUGCCUUAUGUCUCCCAAUAUAAAUUGCUGGUUAUCAUUUUUUUUGCCUUGAAUCGCUUGAAAAUGGGCCAUUUCGAUUCAGAACACGAAUUGAAGAAACCCUGGAUUGAAACGCCUUUGAUCGAGUCGGCGACACUUUCAAAGGCUGCCGGAUGGUAAGAUUGGGCUUUUAUUUUCACUAAUUAAAGUUCCGGGCGCUGAAGAGUAAAUAUAGUAGAAUUUUCCUCAAAUUAGAGUCGCUCCAACCUUCUGGCUCGUUCAAAUCACGGUGAGUUCGGCAUUCCAUGUUGCAGCGUGUCAAAAGAGGUCUGAUACAGAAUCGAAACUGGUUCAGGGGCAUUGGAAACUUGAUCCUCACAUCUCUUUCUGAUCCAUCAAACAAUGGCAGAACCCUGCAUUUUUUCAGCUCCUCGGCAGGCAAUGCGGGGCUCGCAGCAGUUAUAGCCGCUGGGGAUCUCGGUUGUUCCUGUACUGUUGUUGUGCCCCUUAGCGCGAAGCCUAUGAUGAUCAAAAAAAUACGCGCUGCAGGGGCUUCGGAUGUUAUCCGCCAUGGCGCCAGUUGGUUCGAAGCUGAUGCGUAUCUGCGGGAAAAUUUCAUCGAAAAUGAAGACAGCAAGUCAGAUCCCUUGGCCAGGAACAUUUAUGUCCCACCAUUCGAUCACCAUGACAUCUGGCGAGGUGCGGGGACUCUGGUUGAUGAGAUAAUUAAGCAGUUACCUCCAAGGCACUACGGCAAAACCGAUACCUAUUGUUCAUUCCCGGCAGAUGCAAUCGUUUGCAGCGUUGGUGGUGGUGGUCUUUUGAACGGGAUUAUCGACGGCCUUGAGAGGCAUUUGCCAGCCCAUCAACCGACAACGCUUCCCAAGAAAGCGGUGAAGAAAGUUCGAAUUCUCGCUGUUGAAACCGCUGGGGCGGAUUCGCUGGCGCAUUCGCUACGCAAGGGUUAUUUGCAACCUCUACCUGCAGUUACAUCGCAGGCAAUCACCCUGGGGGCACUCUGCGUGGCACAGCAGACGCUGAAAAACGUGCAAUCCCCUCCGCCCGGUAUCGAAGUCACUAGUAUUGUGGGUACCGACGCUGAUGCUGCGGUGGGAGUUGUGCGUUUGUGUGAUGAGCUGCGGUUGGAGGUCGAGCUGGCUUGCGGAAUAAGUGUCCAAGUUGGGUUAGAUAGGCUAAGGGAAGUCAUGACAGACCUAACACCGGAUAGUCGAGUUGUAAUCGUUGUUUGCGGAGGAAACGGUGUUACUUCUGAAAUGAUUACGGAUUACCGCCAGAAGCUUGAGAAUGGUUGGCAAUGAAAGAUGACUGGAAUCGAUGUGGGAAAAAGCUGAUGUUGGAACUGGUUGGUGGAAGGUCAUGAAUUACCUACUCUCCUGGUCAGAGCCAUCUAUAUAUUGACGCUUGAGGGUAAUGAAGCCACAGUAUUAGAUACAAUUUUAGAAGGGGUUCCAAAAUUUUUGCCAGC